UACUACAUGGGAUGAACUCACAACAUUGACACAGAUUGACAGAGAUUUCUUCGCUGCAUAUUUUUAAUCAAAAAGGAUAUACAUUUUUUGAAAGUUGUUCCAUAUUUUGCCAGUCUUGUGUUGGAACAAAUGGAACACUAUUCAGAGCCAGGCUGUGAUGGCAUUGAUUUGUUGGAUUUGUUGUUUGACAAAAAUGAUGGAAUCCUUCGCCACGAGAAAGUGGAUCGCAGCAACCAGCCAUGGCCCACUGUGCAGCCUCAGCAAUUGAUUCAGCCACAAGGCAACGAGGACUUCCUGAGUGCUUUGUUGAGUGGGACAGACUCUGUGUCGGCAUCACCCCAGUGGUCCCCAUCUCGUAGUGAUAGCGGGAUCAGUGAGGACACCUCUGAUCAAAUGGACAGCCCCCUGCCCCCUCAGAGUCCCAAACUCCCAGAGUCCCAAUACGUCUACCCUUCACCUACACCCAGGCCCCUCAACCCUACUGAGACAGAUCUUCCCAUUGAUCUGACUGGCUGGGAGCCUGGCAUGUUUCAGGGCAAGACAGACGAGAUGCUCUAUGGGGCUCCAGAGCAGAGUGGCCAGCUGUCCACCUCUGGCUUCCCCAUGACUGUGAAGGAUCUGCUCCUCUGCGGCAAGUCUGAAGCUCCUCAACAGGCCUCUCAGCAGUCCAUUCAAGAGCUGAUUUUGAAUGAGGACGAGAGGAAGCUGCUCGCCAAGGAAGGUGUGAUGCUACCUGCCCAGCUCCCCCUCACCAAGUAUGAGGAGAGAGUUUUGAAGAAAAUCAGGAGGAAGAUCCGCAACAAACAGUCAGCCCAAGAGAGCCGGAAGAAGAAAAAAGAAUACAUCGACGGGCUCGAGUGCAGGAUGGCUGCAUGCUCCGCACAGAACCAGGAGUUGCAGAGGAAAGUCUUCCAGCUGGAGAAGUGUAAUAUCUCCUUGAUGGAGCAGCUUCGCAGGCUGCAGGCUAUGGUCCUGAAUGGAUCUAAUAAAACUGCUCAGACUGGUACAUGCGUGCUGGUGCUUCUCCUGUCCUUCUCUCUGAUCCUGUUCCCCAGCCUGAAGCCGUUCUCCGAGAGCAAGGUCAGCCUGGAGGGGGACUUCAGCCCAGUGAGAGUUCAGUCAAGAUCCUUGCACAAUAUCCACGCGUCACGUGUGGUCCAUGCACAUGAGCUUCAGUCCCCUAUGCCAGAGGACCCUGCAAUGCUGAAACCACUUCCUGGAAACAAGCCGGCGGAUGAUGUUAGGGCGUUCCUGGAGAAACUCGCCAUAGGACAAAGGCUGCCCAAUUUUGACCCCAUCCCUCACAAUAAGAGCCUCCACGAUCAUCUCCUUCACCAUGGAGACCCCAUUACUGGCCACAUUGCGACAGUAACCUUGAGGCCUGGCGCAAAAAUUAGCCCGCAAGCUGACGACAUGUGAAGAGAAGACAUGGGAAGCCAUACCAACCGCCGUUUAAUACGUAUCAUGUGAGGAGGAUCAGAGAGUCCUCGGGAGCAGGCGCAGAGGGAGGGAGGAGAGGAAGGGGAGAUAGAGAAGAGCAGACCGUGAAUUCUUAUUUUUAUCUACUUUACCAAAGUUUUCUUUUGUUAUACAUUUGCUUUGUUUCACUAACAUUAUUCACACUUUGUCAAAUUGAAUUAGAAAUGAAUGUCAAAUUUGAGGGAAAGUAUUUAAUGUGUGGAAAUUAAUGUGAUGAGUUUCUGAAGGAAGGAUGCAUGAUUAUUAGACUGAACUUCUUGCAACGCAAAUUGUUACUCAUUACUUAAUCCAAGGACAAGAAAUCUAACAGAGAAGAGAUGAAAACACAUGUUGAAGAUGCUGUGCAUUUAAAAAUGAAUAGCUGUGAUAGUUGACCAAGUCAUGUAAUAAAUCAUUUUUAUAAAUAA